UAACACCAGAUUUUCGGAGUUGGCAUCUUGAUUUGUUAAAAUAAAAUGUCAAAUUGGCAUUGGCAGGCAACCCGUAGUACGAGUGUUAGAAAAUAACUUUGACAGAGAAAAUAAAACUAUUUUUUAAGAAAACGCAUGUGAUUUAAAGAAUUAUGGCUGAUGAAGACGAAAUUGAUAUUCUGGGAGAUUUCCAACUGGAUACAGAUUCAAAUUUGUAUGAUGGAGGUCCCCUAAUAUCCCAAAAUUCAGAGCUACUCAAUUUUGAUUACACCAUUCAUCCGCAAUGGCUGCUGGACAGACCAAGUACCAAUCCAGACAAUUGGUAUGACACAAAUGUAUUUAAUAGUACAACUGAGAAAUCGCAAACCCCUGAAAAUGACGCUUUAGGACAUUUGUCAACAGAAAACUGUAUCACUGACGAGAGUGGUUGGACUGAAAAAGAGAAAAAUCUGCUUGAAAGAGGAAUGGAGAUUUUUGGAAAGAGCAGUGUAAGAUUAUCACAGUUUAUUGGGUCAAAAUCAGCUCCAGAAGUCAAGUAUUAUUUGAAAAAUUUUUACUUAGAGAAUCAUUCAAUUAGAAAAACUAGUGAAUGUGCUUUAGAAGGAGAUGUGUUAGAUGAUGCUCAGAUACCUGCUAGCAUCGAGGAAGUAAUAGCAGCCGUGAGCACAGCAAAACCAACUGUUCAAGUGCACAGCCAUAGAUCAAGAAAAAAGAGCAAUUCAACGUCAAUUGCAUCAGAUCUCAGUGAGAGAGAAGUUAUUCGAGAUAGAUCACCCCUAGUGCCUAUAAAAAAGAAGACUAACAUCGAUUCUGCAGGUAUAAAGAAUCGUAAAAGGUCCAAUUCGGUAUUAAGUCAGAAAAUGACCUCUUCUAACGCUGUCAAGUUUAAAAUCAAGUCAAAAUUAAAGGCACCUUUUCCUAAAUAUGACAAGGUGAUUAAACAGAAAACUGUAAAGAUUGUUAAUGCAAAAAAUAAUGAAAAUGAAAUAAAGAGGGUUGAAAUAACUACUGGGCAUGGUUUGGCUGUACCCAUUUGUGAGGGAGAAGAAAUAGUUAAAAUAAAAAAUACUUCUGAAGAUUCUGACACAGAUGUGGAUAUAGAUGUAGAAAUGUCUGAUGAAGAAUCCAAUACGAACAAACAAAAACCACCUAAAUCUAUCACAGAAUUCCAAAAACCAGAAGUUCCAAAGAAUAAUCCAAAAGAAAAAGUUACAGAAACUUUUCAGCAACCUGUAUUACAGACAGAAUCAACACAUAUUGUUGAUUUAUCUGGGAUGAGUGUGGAGGUUGUAAAUAUACUGAAGAGCAUGGAAGAACCUAAGAAGGAGAUCUUUUUGAAAGACAAUUGUAUUAUUGAAUUGGAGAAAGUGUUCAAUAAAGAAUAUUUCUCAGGCGGCUCUUACAAGACACCUGAAAGAUAUCUUAAGAUCCGGACCCAUAUACUCAAUGGUUGGUUAAAACAAAAACCAAAAUACUUGAAUAAGACUAUAAGUCGCCAGGGUUUAAAAAAUUUUGGUGAUGUCAAUUGUUUUGGAAGGAUUCAUUGCUUUCUGGAACAGAUUGGUGCAAUCAAUUUUGGAUGUGAACAAGUCAAUUAUGAACGACCUCUACUAGAACUUUUGCAAGAGAAAUUGACACCCAAAGAGAAGAAAAGACAGGAAAUAAAGUUAGCUUCAAAAGAUGUACCGUCUUCCACCAAUAGAAUCAGAAUGAAACCGAAGUUUAUUAAUGAUGGCGAGGGAGGAUAUACUAUGUCGCACGAUGAACAUGGUCACGUUAUAAAGCACACCGUGAUUAAUGAAGAUCCUAUAGCUAAACCAAAAGCAUAUAUAAAGAAACCACCAGUUAGAUUAAUAUACUGUCGACCUUUUAAAGAUGAAAUCAUCCAACCUUACACUAUCAGGAUCAGUUUAUCAACGUUAUUAAUAAUGGAUUUGCAUGCUCACACGUGUUUUACCGAAGUCAUGGGCCUUAUUGCUGGAUAUUGGUCUUCCCAGAACAAGAUUAUGGUCAUAUGCCAUUAUGAACCAUGCCUUAAUAUGGCGUCUUCUACGACUCACUGUGAUAUGUGUCCGAUUUCACAAGCUAAGGCAGCCGAUGCAAUACACGGAAAAGGACUGGAUCUUCUCGGAUGGUUUCAUUCUCACCCGACCUUUGCACCUGAACCGUCCAAUCAAGAUCUGGAAACCCAGCAAUAUGUUCAACAGUGGAUCGGACAAAACAAACCGUGCAUAGGAAUGAUUAUGUCACCUUUCAGCUUAAACGGUGCACUUAUUGCUUCGCCCUUUAGAUGUUUGAUCGUCGAUAAAAAAGUAAACUUUGAAGACCAAUUAGUACCUUAUAAAUUUAAGGUUGACGUUGUAGCCGACGAUUUUCAAGUAGAAAAUUUCUUUAUCGACCUAAGGAGAAUUCUUAGAACAAAUUUGGGUUCUGGAGAAAAGCAUAGAAUUGAUUUUCUCAAGCCCUACUUCCAGAGUCCGAAUAUUACGUUUUUGGAAAAGUAUAUCACUAGCGUCCGAAUGCACCUAGCCAAAUUGGGAACAUUGUCCAAAUCGACCUGCGAAAAUGCUGUUAACGGAAUAAUUUCGAUAUGCAUGGAACAUAGUUCAAAAUGAAAUUUACUUAAAAUCAAAUUAAUUCGUUCUGUUUACGUUCUGUUUUGUAAAUGCAAGAAUACUCAUUAUUUCAUUUCCAUUUCGUUUGAUU